AAGAGAAGAAGACGAAGAAGAUGAUGGGUGUGGUGAAGUCGGCGAUUGGGGAUAUGUUGAUGACCUUCUCUUGGGUUGUCCUCUCCGCGACCUUUGGAAUUCAGACAGCGGCGAUUAUCUCCGCCGGCGAUUUACAGGGAAUCACUUGGGCUCCGUUGGUGAUCUUGACGUCGUUGAUUUUCGUCUACGUCUCGAUCUUCACCGUUAUCUUCGGUAGCGCUAGCUUCAAUCCUACCGGAAGCGCCGCCUUUUAUGUCGCCGGUAUCCCCGGAGAUACUCUUUUCUCCUUGGCGAUUAGAUUACCUGCUCAGGCAGUUGGUGCGGCAGGAGGUGCAUUGGCCAUCAUGGAGUUCAUACCAGAGAAAUACAAGCAUAUGAUUGGAGGACCUUCUCUUCAGGUUGAUGUGCACACUGGAGCUAUUGCAGAAACGAUCUUAAGUUUUGGUAUUACCUUUGCGGUUUUGCUGAUUAUCCUCCGUGGUCCACGGAGAUUACUCGCCAAGACAUUCUUGCUUGCUCUUGCAACCAUCUCAUUUGUUGUCGCUGGGUCUAAAUACACUGGACCAGCCAUGAAUCCUGCCAUUGCAUUUGGGUGGGCAUACAUGUACAGCUCCCACAACACAUGGGACCAUAUCUACGUCUACUGGAUCAGUUCUUUCGUAGGAGCAUUAUCUGCUGCAUUGCUCUUCCAAUUUGAAUCGAAGCAUAGGAUAAAUCCGGUAAGCAGCCGUAACUUGCAAUCGAUCGCCGAUCUGGAUCCGUUAAAGGAUCCGUCGCAGUCCUUGAAGACAUCGGCCACCGGAAACAAGAUCCGUUACCGUUCGCCUUCCGCUUCUGAGCUACUGGAGUCAGGACUAGCCACCGGAUUGUCCGGUAACCAUUCUCCUACCUCCGACUCUCAUCAGGGACUUCUGUCUAUCGACGGAGGGAAAAUGACGGCGAAGCGAGCGAUCGGACGGCACGAAUCCCUUGCUGACAAGGUCCAUCGACAUCGUGGUCUUCUACUUGUGAUUUCGAUUCCCAUUGUGUUGAUAGCUCUUGUGCUUCUGUUAAUGCCGGGGACGUCGACGUCUGUCUCUGUCAUUGAGUACACGAUGAAAAACCACGAGGGAGGUUCGAAUUCCAGGGGUCCGAAGAAUUACGCUGUGAUUUUUGAUGCUGGGAGUUCUGGAAGCCGUGUGCAUGUUUACUGUUUCGAUCAGAAUUUGGAUCUUGUUCCUUUGGAGAAUGAGCUCGAGCUCUUCUUACAGCUAAAACCGGGUUUAAGUGCAUAUCCUAAUGAUCCUCGGCAGUCAGCAAACUCUUUGGUAUCUCUUCUGGACAAAGCAGAAGCUUCUGUUCCCCGUGAGUUGCGUCCAAAGACUCCUGUCAGAGUUGGGGCAACCGCAGGUUUGAGGGCUUUGGGUCACCAAGCCUCUGAAAACAUUUUGCAAGCGGUUAGGGAGCUCCUGAAAGAUAGAAGUAGGCUGAAGACUGAGGCAAAUGCAGUGACUGUUCUGGAUGGUGCUCAGGAAGGAUCUUAUCAGUGGGUGACAAUUAACUACUUGCUAAGGACUUUGGGAAAGCCGUACUCGGACACAGUUGGAGUGGUUGAUCUUGGAGGGGGGUCGGUUCAAAUGGCGUAUGCUAUACCAGAGGAAGAUGCUGCAACUGCACCAAAACCUUUAGAAGGCGAGGAUUCUUAUGUCAAAGAAAUGUAUCUGAAGGGACGAAAGUAUUUCCUCUAUGUUCAUAGCUACCUACAUUAUGGGUUACUGGCUGCUCGGGCUGAGAUUUUGAAAGUCUCUGAGGACUCUAACAACCCCUGUAUCGUGACUGGCUUUGCUGGUACCUACAAAUAUGGAGGAAAAGCGUUUAAAGCCGCAGCUGCUCCAUCCGGUGCAAGUCUAGAUGAAUGUCGGCGAGUAGCUAUUAACGCACUCAAAGUCAAUGAUUCACUGUGCACACACAUGAAAUGCACAUUCGGUGGAGUAUGGAAUGGUGGAGGCGGUGGUGGCCAGAAGAAAAUGUUUGUUGCAUCAUUUUUCUUUGAUCGAGCUGCAGAGGCUGGUUUUGUUGACCCAAAGCAACCUGUGGCUGAGGUUCGACCACUUGACUUUGAGAAAGCGGCCAACAAAGCUUGUAGCAUGAGAAUGGAAGAAGGGAAAUCGAAGUUCCCACAUGUGGAGGAAGAUAAUCUGCCUUACUUGUGCUUGGAUCUUGUUUACCAAUAUACUCUUCUGGUCGAUGGAUUCGGAUUGAAGCCAUCACAGACAAUAACGUUAGUGAAGAAGGUGAAAUACGGAGAUUACGCCGUGGAAGCUGCGUGGCCACUAGGAAGCGCCAUAGAAGCAGUAUCCUCACCAUGAGGAAAGGCAAUUUUGGGUAUUUUGCACAAAACCCCAUAUUCUUUUGAUUUCUCCCAAAAUCUCGCUCGAACUUCUUUUUUUCUACUUUAAAAUUUUGUUAUUAUCGUAAUCAUUAGUUCCUUACUAUCGAUUUUCGUUACAAUAAUCAUCUAGAGAAGAGAGUUUCGAUUCUUAAUAUAAUCUAAUUUUUCUU